GGGAUCGGGAUUGGGAGUGCUCGGGGCUUCAGGGCAUCUUCCCGCAGGGAUCUCCGGAGGCCGGGCGGGGUGUCCGGGCCCGGCCCGAUGGCCAGCGCCCACCCGGGCCCGCUCGCCCGGCCGGGGACCCCCGAGCCUGCCGCCCAAGAGGCCCGGCGUUGGAUCGAGCAGGUAACGGGCAAGAGUUUUGGAGAUGUGGAUUUUCGGACGGCACUGGAGAAUGGCGUCCUGCUUUGUGAGUUGCUGAAUGCCAUAAAACCAGGUCUGGUGAAGAAGACCAACAAGCUGGCAGCACCCAUCGCGGGUCUGGACAAUAUCAUCUUGUUCUUGAGAGGCUGCAGAGAGGUGGGGCUGAAGGAAUCCCAACUUUUCGAUCCCGGGGACCUCCAGGAUCCAGCGAGCAGACUAACGGUCACGAACAGCGACUGCAGCCGGAAGCUGAAGAAUGUUCUGGUGACCAUUUACUGGCUGGGGAAGGCGGCCGGCAACAGCCCCACUUUCGGCGGAGCGGCGCUGGACCUCAAGUUGUUCGAAGGGUUGCUGGCCCAGGAGGCCGAGGGCCCGGACAGCCCAAGGCGCAGUGUCCGGGACAGUGGCUACGUGGACUGCUGGGAAUCAGAGUGCAGCGACUCUCUGUCCCCGCCACGGCACGCCAGAGAUGACUCCUUCGACAGCCUGGAUUCCUUCGGCUCCCGCGCCCAGCAGACGCCUUCCCCCGACGUGGUGCUGCGGGGCAGCAGCGAUGGCCGCGGCAGCGACUCGGAGCCGGACCUGCCCCGCCGGAAGGUGCCCGACGUGAGGAAGGACGACAUGUCGGCGCGCAGGGUGGCCCACGGUGGCGAGCCCAAGUCCGCGGUGCCUUUCAACCAGUACCUGCCCAACAAAAGCAACCAGACUGCCUAUGUACCUGCCCCCCUGCGCAGGAGGCGAGCGGAGCGCGAGGAGCUCCGCAGGAGCUGGACCACCGCCGCCGCCGUCCCCCGUGGCACGGAACGGCCCUUCAGCCCCCCGGAGACCAUAGCCGAGGAGCCCACGGAGGGUGGGCAGGCAGACCGGGAGAUUUCUGCCACCACUGAGGCCUUCGUCCGGAGCCAGGGAAACACUAGUGGUGGCUCAGCCCUUCCCCCGGAGGGGGAGCACAGGGUCCCGGCCUCUGGCCCACAAGGAGAGGAGUCUGAGGGAGCCGGGAAGCUCCGGAGGCUCAGGAAAGCCGGGAUCGAGGUGUUGCCGGCAGCUCGGCGCUUCUGCAGCCCCAAGCCCGUGGGCGCAGGUCCAGACACCACAGACACAGUUCUCCGUGGAGCGAGCCCGACUGGCCUGCUGCAGGGGGCUGGCCAUGGCGUCCACGUGGCUCCUGACCCAGAGAGAGAUGACUUCGCCAUCCGCAGGAUGUCUCGGGGGUCCAGGGGCAAUGGUCCGGCCAACUCCAGGCAGACCAGUUUGGGAGAGCCCACGCAGGGCCAGCCAGAGCCCCGCAGCGGGAAACUCCUCGGGGGUCCGGCAGUGGGGGCCGCAGGCCCAAGGGAACGGUCCCCCGAGCGGGAGCCAGAUGGCGCGGAGGCCAGGCUGGGCCCCGACCUGCAGAGAGAUGACAUGGCCCAGCGCAAGGGGCAGCGGCAGUGCCGGCGCCUUCCCUGGAGUUUCGUGCCGGCCUCCGCGCAGAUCACCGCGGCCGACCAGGAGACGUGGGACAGGCUCCAGGUGUCCGCUGAGACCAGUGCCGCUGCCCCGCAGUCCCCCACCCCCGACAUCCCCAAGGCGGUCGCUCUCCGGGAUGACUUUGCCCGGCGCAGGGCCGGGACCAGAGCCAGUGCCAAGGCCCCGGGCCCCACACGGGCGUGCUUGUUCUCCGGGCUGCUGGCGGACACAGACCGGGACGGGUGGUGGAGACUCAGCCCCAGCCAGGACGGGCCAUCGGGCUCUGAUGUCGGGCGAGAGGCGGGUGGUCACAGUGCGGGCCGAGCCCAGACUGGUCCCGGGGGUCCCAUCUUCCCCCAGCACAGCCAGGACCCGGCCUCCUCCCUGGAGAAGUCGAGAUACAGCCCCGGGGCAGCUGGGCCUGCCGAUGCAGAGAGCAGGAGCAUGUUGGACGUGCGCAGCGAGGAGGCGGCUGCAGCUACGGCUGUGCAGCCCCACAGCAGGGCUCACCAGGAGCAGUUGCAGCAGAUGAACGCCCAGCUGAAGGAAGAGGAUGACCAGUGGCAGGAUGAUUUGGCACGGUGGAAGAGCCGCAGGAGAAGUGCCUCCCAAGAUCUCAUCAAGAAGGAAGCGGAGAGGAAAAAAAUGGAGAAGUUACUGGCGGAAGGAAACAGGACGAGUGAGCGGAGAAAAAGCAUCAAGACUUACCGAGAGAUUGUGCAGGAAAAGGAGAGGAGAGAGAAGGAGCUGCACGAGGCAUACAAGAAUGCAGGCUCGCACGAGGAGGCCGAGGGCAUCCUGCAGCAGUACAUCGAGCGGUUCACUGUCAGCGAGGCCGUCCUGGAGCACCUGCACCUGCCCCACAUCCUGGAGCGCAGCCGCUCCACAGAGCCCGGCCUCUCCCCCUUUCCCUCGCCCCUCCCCUCCCCCUCUUUCUCUCCUUCCUCGUCCCCCUGCUCACCACUUCUGGAGGACCCCCGGCCCUGGAAGUACCUGCGCCAACAGUCCCUGCCACCCCCACGCUUCACGACCACGGUCCAGGCCACGGUCGCAGCCCCGGGAACCCCCAGCACGACUGGAGCUCCCAGGUCUCCCAGCGGAGCGGCUGGAGCUGGAGUGAUGUCGGCAUUGACCCCCCGGCCCUAUGCCCCCAGGCCCUACACCCCCCAGCUGGCUCUCCAGACCUGUAAGGAAGAGCCAAAGCCCAGCUUGGGUGGAGGAGCCAUCAACGGAGUGGAAGAGGAGAAGCCAGAGUGUCCGGAGGAGAGGCCAUGCCCUCCUCUGACUGUAUCGCAGCCACCGGCCGCAUCCCCGAGGGACCCCACCCUAGUCCCUGAGAUCUCUGCGGAGAGACCGCACCCGCCUCUGACAGUACCUCAGCCGCCGGCCACACCCCAGGGGAACCCCACCCCAGCCCCCGAGAUCUCUGCGGAGAGGCCGGACUCCCGUGAAGCUCCCCUUGAGCCAACGGUUGCCACCACCAGAGAAGUGAAACCAAGUGGGCAGGAGGACGAGACGGGUUGGGGACCGGCGGGGAGGCCAACGGCAAAACCCAAUUCCCCAGAGCGCCAGCACUUUGUCACGACAGUGACGUGCACCAGCCCGACCGUAGCCUCGGUGGAGUUUUCCGCUCACCGCCAGCCCCGGGACGCCACCACCGCUGUGGGGAGACAAGAUGCAGCCAGGGGACCAGACAGCGAAGCCUGCGGCCAAGUCCAGUUGGUGCUGUCGCAGAAGGCGGCAGCUCCAAAGUCUCCCGAACCUGAAGCCAGCUUGGUCUUCCCAUCUUCGCCCCGAGCGCCUGGCACACCACAGCUCACGUUGCCCGAUUUGGAUCUGCACGCAGCGGAGCCCAGUGGCGACGAGAAGUCCCCACGUUUUAGCUUCGGCCCUUGGGACCCUGAGGAAGAGCGGCGGCGGCAGGAGUGCUGGCAGCAGGAGCAGGAGCGCCGGCUGCAGGAGCGGUACCAGAAGGAGCAGGACAGGCUGAAAGAGGAAUGGGAGCGGGCCCAGAGGGAGGUGGAAGAGGAAGAGCAGAGAUACUAUGAGGAGGAGCGCAGGAUAAUUGAAGACACGGUGGUGCCAUUGUCGGUGUCCUCAAACUCUGCAGAUCAGUUGUCCUCCUCCUCAUCUAUGGCGACAGAGGGGCCCGGGGCCGGGGACAAGGCAGUGCCAGGAAACUGGCCCGAGGAAGAGCAAGAAGGUGAAGCCCGGGGGAGGCGGCAGCAGCAGCGGGCAGAACUGUUGCCGUCAGACGGAGCAGCGGAGUCCGGGAGCAGAGAGAGGAGGGUGACCACAGGAACCAGCUCCCCAGGGCUGCAGACUCCUCUGCCCACGGAAAGUCUCCAGGAGCCCAGCCCAACCCUAAUGGAGCGGGCAUCCCCUGGCCCGAUGCCACUGCCCCCAGAAGCAACGAGGACUCUGCCACCUGCCACAACUGGGAAACAGGAAGGGGCUGUGCUGGAGAUGGGGGUCAACCACCAGCCCAACACCCCUGGAGAAGUGAGGAGGAGGAACCCCGGAGAGAGGCUCAGAGCUGGACUGCCAUCGCCAAAUUCUCCCACGCCCCCAGGCCAGUCACCCAGCAGGUCAGUCAGUGGGAAGAAGCUGUGCUCUGCCUGUGGCCUUCCCUUGGGCAAAGGAGCAGCCAUGAUCAUCGACACGCUCCACCUGUACUUCCAUCUCCACUGCUUCAGGUGUGGAGUGUGUAGGGGGCAGCUCGGCGAUGCCGCGCAGGGGACAGAUGUCCGGAUCCGAAACGGCCUGCUCACCUGCAACGAUUGCUACAUCCGCUCCAGAAGUGCCGGACAGCCCACAACAUUGUGACUCGAGUCCCUACCUGCACAUGGUCAUGCCCCCAGCUCCUGGCCUCCACAUUGGGCUCAACGCCCAGCUCCACCCCGAUGCCUGUGACCACACAUUUCUGCUGGCCGGGAGUUGCGGGGCCGGCGUGGUUCGAAUCGAAGGGGUCAUCGUUAACAUGGUCGAAGAUGCAAUAAGCCGUUCAGUUUUAACAUUUCUAGACACUAAACCCACUCCGUUUACAGAACUGUUAUAGCUCCUUGCGUCCCAGGAGCAUCAGACUAACGCCCGUGAAACACUAAACGUCCCACCCGACAACUUCUGACCCCGAGCGACCCCCUUGGCUGUUUUUUCCACAAAGGCGCUGCUUUGGCAAUCUGCUUGAGGAUCCAUCCACAUCAAAGGGGGAGAUGUCCUGCUGAUAUGUUACCACUCCAAGAGGGCUCUAGGGCUGGAAAGAGAAAACCAAGCUGGACCAGGGGCUGACCAGCCGCCCACCCCAAGCCGGGAACGUGCCCGGGAGAGGGAAGUAGAGCCAUGGCCAGAUUUGCUGACCCUCUGUUUGUCAGCUGGGGAAAGCAGCAGCCCUGAGCUGGGGAAGGGGAGGUGCAGACCCUCCCUCCCUUCCUCUCCCUCCUCCCCUCCCCCAGGCUGCUAUCAGGGAAGUGGUUUGGGAUCCGUCCCACGCCAUUCCUGGGUCAGUGUUCCAGCCACAAGGACUUUGUUCAUCUCCCUGUCUUUCCCAGAGCGAUCUGGCCAACUCCACCGACUGUUCCCGGGAUGGAGUUCUGCCAACUGAGAGCAAGCGGGUGGCAGGGUCAGAGAGCACAGCCCCAUCCCUACCCCUUUCUUUAAGGGGAGAGGAAGUCUGUUUACCCGGUCUGGAAGCCCCAGUAAAUUGAAUGCCAAGGAGGUCCUGUUGAGAAGGCAGAGUCCUUGGCCUGGCUGGGGGUGCUGUGGUGGAAGGGAGAGGAUGGGAAUCCUGGGGGGAUUUCUUUGUGAACUGAGCAAUCUCUUCUGAGGGAGGGAUUGUGGAGUGAGAGUUCAGCUAUACGGUCAGGGAGGUCAGGUCUUGGGGAGCAGCACUACUUCUCUCUGGGACUUCCACGUCCUCUCACAAAAAUUGUGCCUUAGAACACACGGGUGGCGGCCCAAGGAGGGAAGACAGCAGCGCCAAAAUGCACAGAACCCACCGCCGCCCUCCCUCGCACCCCCAGCACUGAGCGAAGCCAACGACAAUGUUGCCUCCUCCAGCAGCAAGACACACGUGUGCUGCUAGGAGUCCCUGCUGCUGGCACAGUCUAUGUUCUAAUUGCCAACCGCUUCUGUCCGAUCCGCAUGGGUGGCCCCGUGGGGUCAAGUGGAUGCCGGCCUGCCCUGUGUCCAUUUGCCACUGAGCAACCACACCCCCUUUCGACCCUUCCUUGUCUCCCAUCUUUAGGGGAGGGGAAAAGGACCCCUUUUCCCACCCAGAGACAGAACACCGCUGCCACCUGAACCAUGGCUCAACUCCACAGGACUGCAAAGCCUGAGUUUUCUUUUCACAGAUGUUCCAAAAGUGAAUUGUUUCCUGUUCUUGUGUGUCUCUCACUCCUCAGACCCCCAGAACUGACCACUCUCCUCCUCCUCCCACCCCCCACUUUUAGAUGCCCAGGGAGCUGCAACCAUCUGCAGGAGCCACAAGGGCUGAGCCUCGUCUAGGGAAAUGCCACGGUGGGGAACAGUAGGCAGGGAGAUGCAUUUUCUCAUCUUUCACUAACCUUCAUUUACAAUAUUUAUUCUAAAACGCCUCUGGAAUGAAAGGAAAAAAGUUGUCUAAAAAUUUAAGCGCUUUUCUAGUCCAUGUACAUUUAUAAAUAAACAGUGCCAGUGGAUUUGGUGCUGGGCUGA